AUUCAUUUAAAAGUCCUUUGUUUAUUCUCUUCUCCUUCCUCCCGAAGGAAUCUCUCUCAUCCUUUUUUCCUUUUCCCUCUCUACUUCAUACCCUUAAUUUCUCUACCCACCCAUGGCUGCACCACCGACGAAGUACACCCACCACACCAAACUACUCAUACCCCCCGGCCCCGAAGAAGAUCCACCCAAACACCCCUAUCCAAAACUCCUCAGAAUAACCGUCACAGACACCGACGCAACCGACUCCUCCAGCGACGAAGAACAAACCAACUUUUCCACGCGCCACCGACACAGAAAGCUCAUCAACGAGAUUUCUAUCGCCAGAGCUUCAGACACUCGGCGCGGCCAGAAAUUCCGCGGAGUGAGACAGAGGCCUCUGGGAAAAUGGUCCGCGGAGAUACGAGACCCGUCGCAACGCGGUGUUCGGUUAUGGUUGGGUACCUACAACACUGCAGAGGAAGCUGCUUUGGUCUACGACAACGCGGCCAUUAAGCUGCGUGGACCCCACGCACUCACCAAUUUCAUCACGCCUCUGUUGAACGAGGAUACUCACAACAAAUUCCUCUUUUCUCCCACUUCCGUGCUUCACGUGUCGGAGAAUAAGGUCAAAGUCCGAGGUUGUUCGCCGGUGCCGGACAGUGUGUUGUUCUGCGAUGAUGAUUGGUCUAGUGAGUUUCUCACUGCUUCUGAGUGAGAUAGGGUUCAACAACUUCAACGUCUAGGUUGGUUGGUGGGUCCCUGCGCUUCUCCCUCUUUUCUACAUUGUUUCUCUUUACUUAGGUUAAAGUAGUACUAAUAGUAUUAAAUUAUUAAUGUUAAUAGCAAAGAGAUUUAUUCUGUAAGAAGUUGUAGUAAAAUUUUUAUUAAAUGCAUAUGUAUAGUGUGAUUUUUUUUUUA